CCUGCGUAUCCUAUCCGUCGUGACACGGUUCGUUGGUAGGUGACGCAUUUUUUUGGUGACAACAAUAUUCCGGGAAUAUGUUCGACGAAUUUAUCCCAUAUCGACGUCCAAUAUAGUUGUUUUGAUUUACCGGAGCCUGACCAAGCGGUUGACACAAGGUAUUGGGACUUCAAAAAAAAGCUAGACAGAGAUAUUCUUGUCCAGGUCUAGUAACAGUUUCUACCUGCAGAAGUUUACCCAAGCCACUCAAAUUUUCGACCAUGCUCACUGUUACAUUCUAAAAAGUACAUGAGAAAGGUUAAUGAGGUAGCUGCUUACUUAGGAUGUGGAGGAGGUUUCAGUUUUCAAUGGCACUCUACAAUAAUUAGAUCAUCUGAAAAGAGAUAAAAUGUCGGAUUAUUCUUUUCGUAAUACUGGCAGUGGGCGCCAGUCCAGCCUCAGCGUACAGGGCGAGUCCAUGGGCAGAGACACUUCAAAUGGAAGCGUGAAGAAAAACUACAGAUAUCGGGUGAUAUCCAAUGACUCCUCAGUGGACGAGACACUCUUCGGAUCACAUAGAGAUAGGAAUAGGAAAGCACAGGUUGAAUGGAGCGAUCAUCCACCACAAAGAACGCCCUCUAGUGGGGCAACGAGGAAAUCUCCAGCAAUCAAACCAAUGCUGACUGUCUCCCCGUCCAUGCCUAAGACGAGGAAUAAGUAUCGGAUUCAGCAGCACACACCGACUUACGUCGACCACUCCCUCUUUGGGGGACCUCUCGAGGAGCCCUCUUUUGAGGCACCAUGGACGGACAAGAAGGCCGAUAAACGUAGAAAAACACCUCUUUUGUGGGGGUCCCCUGUUCAGGGUAGUCUUGAAUUUGAAUCAAGGUCAAACUCAAGCAUGGGUGAAUGCCCUGGGUCGGCCAGUGGAAGUCGGCCUGGGUCGGCCGCUGGAGGUCGAAGGUCAUCCACAGGAAGCAGGCCUCAGUCUGCCUCGGGGAGGCGCUCAGCAACACCUAGUAAACCAGCUCCUUGGAAGUAAUAGGUUUGAGCUACUUGAACUUUGAUUAAUUGGUAGAUAUAUGAAACCCCUGAAAUUAGUUUGUGGGAACCUUUGAUCAGCCCAUUAGAAAAACAAAAUGCCAUGUGCAAAGUUUGAUAUAUAUAUAGUAACUGUUUAGUUACAAUCCAUAUUAAAUUCUUAAGCUGUGCUACGUUGCAUUUUCAUGUUUGUACAUACAUAGUCUAUCAAAACACGCGACUGUUUAUUAAUUGCUGUUUGAUGUUAAAAUGAUAGGCCUACAUAUAUAUACAUUAUAUAUAUACAUGUACAUGUCUGUUUUGUGUCCUAAUUUGUUAAUACACAUACAGGUGUAUACACUGCAGAUGAUUUUAGAGUGCUUAUUUGAUUGCUCUCGGGUCCAGAAUCUACACUUUUGUGAAAUAAGUUGUGUCAAGGGAUUAUUCAUGAAUGCUCUAAAAGCAUAGAAUUUUCAAAAGCGAAGAUUAAUCUUCUUUUUUAAAUGAAAUCAAUAUUUGUAUCAAACAGCAGAGGGGGGAUUCAGGGAAGAAAAAAGAA